CUUCUUUUCAUUGAGUGGUUUUGGUGUGCUGGUCAUGUUCCUUUGUGCAUGAUGGAACGACCGGACUAUGGAGACUAUGGAAACAGCGAGGACCAGCUCACCGUUGGCAUUCAGAUCAUCCAGCGUGCCUUUCAACGGAAGGUCAAUAGCCUGGAGCAAGAGAUCAAGAAGAUGGAGCUCACCUGCGAGGAGCACCGUGCCACGGUGGCCAAUUUGGACCGAAAGACCUCGUCCCUGCAGGUGGAGCUGGUGGAGUCCAAGGAACGCUGGGAACAGCUGCAGGACGAAGAGAAGGAGCUCUACAAGACGUUGGGCUCAUUGAAGAAGCAAAUCCUCAGGCUGGAGAAUCUGAAAGCUGCAGUGCUGAAGGAGAUACAGGAUGACCAGCACAAGGAGGCAGAGCUUGGCGAGUUGAAGUCUCUCAUGAGUGAUGAGUACUUCCGAGGCACCAUGCCACUCACCGCUGGUGAAAUGGGCUACGGGCCCUCGAGGGAUCCACCACGCGACCCGCGAGAUUUCCCACGCGAUCCGCGGGAUGCGCGGGGCUUUGGGCAGGCCUUCCCAGAAGCGCCUCCACAUGCGCGGAUGCCCGCUCCCCUGCCGUCACACAGCGACUCGCGCGACGCGCGCGACGCGCGUGAUGCACGGCCACCAGUGGUGGAUGGGAAGGCCUUCUUCAGGUUAGCCAGAUCGCGCCUGCCCAUUGAGGACUUCAACAAGUUCCUCGCGAGCAUCAAGCGCCUGAACAACCAGCAGCAGUCCCGCGAGGAGACCAUGAAGGAAGCCAGCAGGAUUUUCGGCCCCGAGCGAUCCGAUCUGUUUCGCGACUUCGAGGCGUUGCUGACGCGACAUGGCAUGUGAGAGCAGCCUGAUUUCGAGCGUGCUGGUCUCGACAACUUUUUUUUGCGGCCGAGAACUUCCCUCUGAACAAGGGUCAUCGGAUUCCUGAAGGUGGUGACUCAGGUAUUUACAGUAUAUUGCAGGUGUAUUUCCAUAU